GUUCUGCCAUGAACGAUAUCUCAUAAACCGCUCAAUUGGGGAUACUCCGAAGAUUAGGAUCCUGAUUUACAUCGCCGCGCGGGAUCGCGGGAUAUUCUUUUGACUUGUACACUUUCCUUUAGAAUCUUCGUUUCACCAGAGGCCGUUUAUGUUUGUGGUCUAAGAGCUUCAGCGUCAAAAAAUGGAUAAUCUUCCCUCUAAACUACCGUUCUCGAAGCGGCGGUUACGACCUCGUAUUAUAAUUUCAUACAUUGCCGACUAUCUUAUCCUCAUCGGUUGCAUUGCUGGUUUCUACAUUUUCGAUUCCAUCGAACCCUAUCACCAGCAUUUCUCUCUGCGAAACAUAUCCAUCCACCCUGCUCAUCUCCUGCGCCACCCCCUCGUCAUAAUUGCGUUGUAUACGCUGUUCAUUGACGGUCUGUUCUCGCAUCACAAGCCGUACAAUCCGGCAUCCGGGAAGAGGAAGCUUACCGGGCCAUACCGGUGGAAGGAUCGCCUAUGGGAGUUCAACUGUGGCUUCCUGGGUCUUCUGCUAUCGCAGGGACUCGCAUUUCUCAUCACCCAGGUGCUGAAGACCGCAUGUGGGAAGCCCAGGCCUGAUUUGAUCGAUCGGUGCAAGCCGAGACCAGGAAGCGAAGAUCUUAUUCCUGGAUUGUCCAAUUCGACUAUUUGUACGGGAGACCCCGCAAUCAUCAAGGAUGGAUUCCGUUCUUGGCCUUCAGCAUCUUUUGCCGGGUUGUUCUACUUGACUCUUUGGCUGUGUGGAAAACUGCACUUUAUGGACAACAGAGGCGAAGUUUGGAAGGCCAUCAUCGUCAUAAUUCCUUGUCUCGCGGCGACACUUGUUGCCGUUUCACGGAUCAUGGAUGCGAGGCAUCAUCCUUUUGACGUGAUCAGUGGGUCAUUGCUGGGCAUUGUCUGCGCCUACAUCUCCUACCGCCAGUAUUUCCCACCCAUUUCCGAGCCGUGGAAGAAAGGGCGCGCGUAUCCGAUUCGAAGCUGGGGUACAGACCCUGUGGCACCCAGCAAGGCCUCGCCUCUGUCUGACCACUAUGCGAGCACAUCAGCUCUCCGGGACCCGGCGGAAGACAGGAUAGACGCAUCUGGUGCUCCUGAGAUCGGUCCGGCGCGAAUUUCUCCGACUUACAUGGGUUCAGCUAACCCGUACACCUCGGACUUGCGCAACCGCCGAUCCCAUGACAAUGAUGGUGAAUGGUCAUCUUCCAGUGAAGAUGUUGCAGAUGGAUACGAGAUGCAGCGUGGCUAUGCUCGUACACAGAAUCCGGGAAUCGGCGGGCUACCAAGAUACGAAGCUGACACUUCAUACCAUUCUCAGACACAAACUGUGCUACCAGGCGUCACUGCUCCUCACGUACGGCCGGAUCCAGUAGCCACUCGUCCAGGCAGAGACUCACAGUAAGAGUCGGUCGGAUCUGCAGUUUCGGGAUAAAUGAGACUAGUUUUGGAGUGUGCGGAUAUCGCGCGUUUGCUCAUAAACUGCCAAGUCCUGAAGUAUACCCGUGCCAUGAUUGAUGAAUCUUUGUUCGAGUAUAAAAAAGGGAUCAUGUUUCUAUACAUAUGUCCCGCUGUAUUUUGGUUAAUCUGCUUGUCAUUUUUUUUUUGGCG